AUGAGCUUGUUUGUAUGCAUGUUGUGUCUCACCUUGUUCUGUCUCCCCAGAGACUUCCAGUUUGGCCACAUGGAUGGAAACGACUACAUCAACAGCCUCAUUAUGGGGUGAGUGUCUCCUCCUUUUCCUCUACCGCUCUGCUUCUUUACCUCCUCUUCUGUACUUCCUCUCCUCCUUCUCUCCUCCUCUUUCACCUCUCCUCUACCGCCUCUUCAACUCCUCCUUUCUUCUACCACCUCCUUCCUCUCUUCCGCCUCCCUUCUACUGCCUCCUCCUCUCUUCCCCCUACUCUCUCCCCGGGUUUCCUAGGCUACCGCAGUAACCUCACACUGUCAGACUCCAUAAAACCGCAAUUUAAAGUCGGCCUCCGCUAAUAAAAUGCACUCUCUUGGAUCCGUCAAUUACCCGGGACUGACUGUCAUUUGCUUUUAGUGGGCUGGGAAUUGACAGAAUUACCACGAUACAUAGGUGCCGAUACGAUAUGUAUUGCGAUUCUCACGAUUCUAUAUGUAUUGCGAUUCAAUACUGUGAUUUUAGUGCGUUUCGAUGUUCUAAACAUAUUGCUCACCAUAUGUCUGCUGCAGAGGGACAAGAGAGAGCCGUGAGAAAACGAGAUUUGAUCAGUCAGGGAAAUAAAAGUGCUAAAAAUAAAGUGGCUCCCUGGAGUUUUGGUGCAGGUACAUCCAACUAGCGCAAAAAAAAACGGAUAUUGUCAAAACGAUACAAUAUAUUGUAAAAAAUAAACUAUCGAUUUUUUAUUUUCUUUUCCCCAUCACUAAUGCUAGCUCCCUGCCAGGUUGACCUUGUAUUGAUACCGCCGUGGAGAAGGGGAGAAUAUAUGAGUCCUAUGAAGCUGGUGGAUUGGAGUCUUAUUGGGCCUGUGCUUUAAUGGCUGUCGGAGGGAGGGCUGUGCUAAUGAUGCAGUAAGCCCCAGCAUGGAGCUGCGUGACAGGGCUCGCUGCUGCGUGGUGUGGUGUCAUGCACUGAGAGGCCUGUGCUGCUGCUCUGAAACCACCACACUGUUAAUUAGCCCAGACCACCAAGCCUGGCAGGGCCAGCAGGAGCACAGCGGGGCAGCAGGGGCACAGGACAGUGUGUGUUUCUAGUUAGUGUGUGUGUGUGUAUGUUUCUAGUUAGUGUGUAUGUUUCUAGUGUGCGUGUGUGUGUGUGUGUGUGUGUGUGUGUUUAAUAAUAAAUAAUAAUAAUAUGCCAUUUAGCAGACGCUUUUAUCCAAAGCGACUUAGUCAUGCGUGCAUACAUUUUUUGUGUAUGGGUGGUCCCGGGGAUCGAACCCACUACCUUGGCGUUACAAGCGCUGUGCUCUACCAGCUGAGCUACAGAGGACCACAGUUAGUGUGUGUGUGUGUGUGUGUGUGUGUGUGUGUUUCUAGUUAGUGUGUGUGUUUCUAGUUUGUGUUUCUAGUUUAUGUGUGUAAUGUAUGCAUGCAAUCAUGCAUACAUACAUUAUACACUGAGUAUACCAAACAUUAAGAACACCUUCCUAAUAUUGAGUUGCAUCCCCCUUUUUCCCUCAGAACAGCCUCAAUUCGUCAGGGCAUGUACUUUGGGAUGUCCUUUGAGUGCUGGACCAUUCUUGAUACACACAGAAAACUGUGUCAAAAACCCAGCAGCGUUGCAGUUCUUGACACAAACCAGUGUGCCUGGCACCUACUACCAAACCCCGUUCAAAGGCACUUAAAUAUUGUGUCUUGCCCAUUCACUCUCUGAAUGGCACAAAUACACAAUCCAUGUCUCAAUUGUCUCAAGGCUUAAAAAUCCUUAUUUAACCUGUCUCCUCCCCUUCAUCUACACUGAUUUGAAGUGGAUUUAACAAGUGACAUAAGGGAUCAUAGCUUUCGCCUGGAUUCAGCUGGUUAGUCUGUCAUGGAAAGAGCAGGUGUUCCUAAUGUUUUGUACACUGUGUAUGAUCAUGUUGAAAUGAUUUAAUAUGAGCGUGACCAAAGACUAAACUCGAUGGUCCUUGAAAAACCGACUUUAUGUAAAAUAUAUAUAUUUUUUUUUCAACAUUAGGACUGUUUUCCUCAAGAAAUCAAGUCGGCUUCAUGUUUUGUUUCCUUAACACAGUAUUUAGGAUGAAUUGCGAUGUUAGUAUCAUGACAACCCUAGUGUGUGGGGGGUAAAUACUGUAGUUAGUAAAUACAUCAGAAUGUUAUUGUUUGUGUGAGGGAGAUUACAGUAAACAUGCUCUUUUAAUCACGCCAAGGGCUUAAAGAGUGUGUUUGUGAUGACAGCAAAUGUGUUACUGUGAAUAUGUCUGUGAUCGAAGUACACACAAUGUGUGUGUAAAGCUGACACUGUGAUGGGGGAUUAGAAUAGACAUACAUAUUCAAAGAUAUAUAGGGUGGGUAGUGAUUACACAAUUGUGUUUGCAUGCUUGUGUGUAUAUGUGCUUGCUUGUGUGUGUGUGUGUGUCCUCUGUGCUUUUUUGGACGGCACCGGCCCGAGUCUGCCCAGGAUUAAUUGGCCUCCUUUGAGGAAUGAAAUCCCGGCCUGUCAAUGGCCACUAAUCCCGCUCCUUUAGGAAGGCCAGGGAAAUAAAUCUGAUGGCCUUUUAUCCUCCCCUCCUUCAUCACACAGAUUACUGGGCUCUCUCUCUGGCAGCACCCAGUCAUAUCUGGCAGGGUCAGCCUAUAGCGCUUAGACAGAGACACAUACACGUGCACACACACACACGUGCGCGCAUGCAAGCACGCACACUCCCUAGUCCCAUGUAGUUUAAUGUCUGAGGCUGGUUUUAGUGUUUCUGCUCGUCUGUUUGAGUAUAGGAUUAGCGCCGUAGCAACGCCACUGCAACAUCACAGCCGGGCAUAUGGUAUGCAUUCAUUGCAUUAUGUUUGGGUGGAAACUGGAGGAGCCAGAGCCGGGGCGACUCUCGCACUCUCCGUAAUGUCCGUGGCUGUGACUGAGAGCCAAGCUGCAAUAUGCAUGGGCAACGCAGGCAGAGUGAAAGUGGUAGUGCUGCUGAAAAGCCCCAGCAGUCUGCUCUUUGAAAGGUGAAUGGGCUAAUCCAUGUUGAUUCAAAAUGUCUGCCAUCUGUUGGUUCUGGGCUGAAUGUCAGAUGGAGUACUCACGUAAGGUUUGUGGAGGGGGGGGGGGGGGGGGGGGGGGGGUUGUGUGUGUGUGUGUGUGUGUGUGUAUGCUGCACAGCUCCAGAUCUCAGCUGGGCUGUUUGGAGUAGGAGCCUAAUGGUGGUGUAGUGGAGGGCUGUCUACAAAGCUAGUGUGUGUGGAGCUUGUGUGCCUGAACUCAGCUGGGGUGUUCACUGCUGAGAUGUGUAGUGGCACGGUGAUGCACAACAUGCUUUAUCUCAGCUGGGCUGUGUAGUUGUGUGUGUGUGUGUGUGUGUGUGUGUGUGUGUGUGUGUGUGUGUGUGUGUGUGUACACACACGCACGUGUACAUUGUAUGUAUAUGUGUCUCUUCUCUCAGUUGAGCUGUGCAGUUGUCUGAUGUUCUGGGCUACACUGUGUGUGUCUCUCUGAGACUGGGUAUAUGUCACCUCAGCUGUGUGGCCACCCAGUGCUGGACUCCCCCUGAUUCAGUUGUCAGCUCUAAUUUGUAAAGGUUCCUUUAACUGUGGCCCCAUGAUGCCGCCAGAGUUGCACACUGUUUGCAUAAAGAUCAAGAUGACUAUCCAAAAACUCUGCAUCACAUUGCCUUUCAUCCAUACCAAAUCCACCCUUUGAAAGUGUGCCCUCAGGAAAAGUCGGGCCGCAUCGGAAAGAAAAGAGCUGUGUAUCUCAUCUUGACUAUAAAGCUUCUUUGUUAUUUUUGUUUCUUGUGCAUCUUACACUAUAAUCUACUAUUUAAUUGGCAUCAUGGUUGAUAUGUGUUCAACACCAUAGUGCCCACAAAGCUCAUCACUAAGCUAAGGACCCUGGGACUAAACACUUCCUUCUGCAACUGGAUCCUGGACUUCCUGACGGGCUGCCCCCAGGUGGUAAGGGUAGGCAACAACACAUCUGCUACGCUGAUCCUCAACACAGGGGCCCUUCAGGGGUGCAUGCUCAGUCCCCUCCUGUACUCCCUGUUCACCCACGACUGCGUGGCCAAGCACGACUCCAACACCAUCAUUAAGUUUGCUGACGAGAAAACGGUGGUAGGCCUGAUCACCGACAACGAUGAGACAGCCUAUAGGGAGGAGGUCAGAGACCUGGCAGUGUGGUGCCAGGACAACAACCUCUCCCUCAACGUGAGCAAGACAAAGGAGAUGAUCAUGGACUACAGGAAAAGGAGGGCCGAACACGCCCCCAUUCACAUCGACGGGGCUGUAGUGGAGCGGGUCAAGAGUUUCAAGUUCCUUGGUGUCCACAUCACCAACAAACUAUCAUGGUCCAAACACACCAAGAAAGUAAUGAAGAGGGCACGACAACACCUUUUCCCCCUCAGGAGACUGAAAAGAUUUGGCAUGGGUCACCAGAUCCUCAAAAAGUUCUACAGCUGCACCAUCGAGAGCAUCAUGACCUGUUGCAUCACCGCCUGGUAUGGCAACUGCUCGGCAUCCGACCCUAAGGUGCUACAGAGGGUAGUGCGUACAGCCCAGUACAUCACUGGGGCCAAGUUUCCUGCCAUCCAGGACCUAUAUACUAGGCGGUGUCAGAGGAAGGCCCAAAAAAUUGUCAAAGACUCCACACCCAAGUCAUAGUCUGUUCUCUCUGCUACCGCACGGCAAGCGGUACCGGAGCGCCAAGUCUAGUUCCAAAAGGCUCCUUAACAGCUUCUACCCCUAAGCCAUAAGACUGCUUAACAAUUAAUCAAAUGGCCACCCGGACUAUUUCCAUUGACACCCCCCACCUCGACUAACCUGUACCCCCACACAUUGACUCGGUAUUGUUAUUUUAUUGUGUUACUUUUUGAAAUGUAAUUUUUUACUUUAGUUUAUUUAGUAAUUAUUUUCUUAACUCUAUUUUCUUAAAACUGCAUUGUUGGUUAAGGGCUUGUAAGUAAGCAUUUCACGGUAAGGUCUACACCUGUUGUAUUCGGCGCAUGUGAUAAAUAACAUUUGAUUUUAUAAGUGGGGCCCUGAGUUUUCUCUGGUCAGCUCACAUGGUCAGAAAAACUCCUGGCCCUAUAUGAAAUGGGUAGAGGGAUAUUCUGCAGUAUAGAAAAAUAGAACACUUUUAUAUUCCAGUGUCUCGAAAUAGGUGCUGGAGGUCAAAUCUGAAGACCUAUGGGUCGAAUUGGGACAUGUGAGCAUAGAUUGCAGUGUACAUUGCAGAGUCUGUGGUCUUGUGCUAAUGCUCCUGGCUUAAACGCAUAUACUACUCUCCCCACCAUAGACCGGGGUUCAUUCCCUGCUCCAACCCUCCAGUCUAUUUCUCCAACCUGCCUGUACCCCAAUCCUUCCACUGCAAAAAUGAUUGCAGUGGAAUGAUUGCAAUCAUCCUUUAUUGAGAUUGACAUUUUGCUGCAUAGUUUAUCUUCUGAAUUGGUUAUCUGCCAUAUCUCUGUGACCUUUUUUAGAGUGAUAAUCUCCUCUUCCUCUUUCCCCCACAGCGAGGUGUCGGUGCCGUCCAUCAUCAUCCUCAACACGUCUAACGAGCAGUACUUCCUGCCCAGCGAGCCCGUGGAGACCCUGGAGCAGCUGGUCCACUUCAUCAACAGUGUUCUGGAUGGCUCCGCUCAGGUCCACAACUCCACUCUCCUCUGACUCCCCUCUGCCAUUUUGGCUCCAGCUGGUUUUCUUUUCCCUUCCCCUAUUUAUUUGACCAUUCUAACCGCAACAGAAAGCUCAAAUUGUUUGUGUAGCUGUUCAGGCUUUGUUUAUUCUUUAUGUAUCCAGGGAAGUCCAAUGAGACUUGAUGGACUCUUUGGCAAUAUCCUUUAUUGAGAUUGACAUUUAUGUUGCAUAGUUUUUCUUCAGCAUAGCCGAUCUGCCAUUACUCUGGCUCCUAAAUAUUUAUUCCCAGUGUCAGUAUUUGGCAUAUAAUAUAUUCCAGUGUCAGUAUUUGGCAUUAUAAUAUACUCCACUCAAUGAUUUAUAUACACACUAGAUGACAAAUGGGGGGGCGCUGUGUUGAAGCCACCAUGCCUCCAUCUUGGCACUCCCCCACCGUUGUAUAAAUAUUUUGGAAGCUAAAGAAAUGCAUUUAUUAAUGUCUACAUUUAAUUUUUCCCCCCAUUCAUUCUAUUACAGACACCUUAAUGCAUACUUUUAAAUUAGAUGUGAGCUAAACAUACAAAUAAAAAAAUAAAAUAUAUAUUUUAAUUCCUUAAAGUAUAAUUUUUUGAGAUGACUAAUGUAACUAUCCCCACUACAACAACCAAAUACUUAAAUACAUGUAAUUUUGUCCUUGAGACAUGUAAUUGAAAUACUGUAGAAUUCCAUUAAUUCCUAUGGAGGACUGCUCCUACUGGGGAGUGCCAAUAUGGCUGACCGGUGGCUUCAAACCUCUCAAUGGACAAUACAUAGCAUCAGCAAUGAGAGGUUUAUAUACAUAAUGUAAUCCACUAUAUGGCAUCUGGAAAAAGUGACAUCCUUUCCCCCUCUUGUUUAUUAUAAAGUCACACAGAUGAAUGAAACCGUAAUCCAAACACAACGGAAGUCCCUCUCUUUCCCAGAGCGUUCAGCAGGGUUAUUUUUUGCCUGGCAAAACAAACCAAAACCCCACCAAGUAAACAGCAGUGGAGAGUGAGAACCCUGUUCUGUUCCCCAGGCUCGUGCCAGCCCAGCCAGCUCACCUCAUGACUGCUAUGCUUGGUGCUGCUGCCUGCCUAAGACUCUGAGGAAGCGCUGGCAGGCUGAUGUCUCUCUCUCACACUCACUCUUUCACACACACACACACACACACACACAUUCCAGUCUCCCCAGUGCUCCACUCUAACACCACAUCCUCUGUCUGUGUGUUUCCCCUCAGGCCCAGGGAGGAGACGGCAUGUUCCAGAGGGUCAAACGAGUGGCCUUCGACGCCAAGUCCACCAUUAUGGUGAGUGGCUGGGCACAAUCAGCAUUAGGCAAAUGGCAGGGGGGAAUAGGAAAUGGGAAAACAAGAUAAUUGUGGGAGGAUGUUGGCAAUGUGUGCAGCAUAGGUUUAAUGUAUGCUGUCGUGAUGAAUCCAUCAAAACAAUUAAGAAAAAAAUAAUGUGGUUGCCGUUUUUCAUUUUGAAUAAUAUUUCAUGCUAUUUUCUGAAUAACAAAUAUAAUAUGGAGGGAAACACCCCUCUGUACAAUAUCCUGUGUAGCUAUCUACAGUAUGUGUCCUAAGGCCCACUAGUAUUCCCCUGAUAGUCACCAGUAUAACAAAGAGAUGACUCGUCAAUAGAAGAGGAGUAGUGUAUUGAAAAAGGAAGCGGCGACCGUGACAGAGAGAAAAGAUGACAGAAAGAGAGGGAUGGGAAUGAGGCAAGAAUACAGAGGAGGUCAGAAGAACUCAGAAAUCUUUCUUGGAACUGUUGGAGCUGUUCUCAUAGUACAAUUAGACACUACACUAUCACUUUCACACUCCAUCCCCAGGUGGCAGCACCAACUGGGUCAGGUGUUGUGCUCUGCCAGGAAGUUUUGUUAAGUGUUGAUUGUGCACAGGUGUGGGUAAUCAGUCAGUGUGGCAGCUUGCAUAGCCGUGAGGCUGCUGCAGUUUGAGGGCCAUGUGGGCCUUUGGUUUGAAUCUUUAUUUUUUGGGCAUGCCUUUUUGUAUUUAUAUUUUUUUGUCACUACUUUGAACAUCCAUAACUUGUUUGAGCUGGCUAACCAAGGAGUCAAGACUGAGCUAUCCCUGGACCCAAGUAAGGUUGCUGUCUCCUGGGCACAUGCAUACCUCACGGUCCGCAUACUUUGACUUCUCACGUAAAUGCACACAUCAAAUCAGGUGUAGUGAAGUCAGUAGGUUAGCUAGUUGGUUUCGUAACAGGGAGGACUAGUGUUUAUUUGACUGACAGUGUGAUAUGAAUGUAAAUGGGAUGUAGUAGCGUAAUGCUAUUCAGAAAGUAGACUGUACCCGAACCAAGAAUAAACCUUAGAAAGGUGCCCUCAAAUGGAAAAUAAAAUGAUUGAUUAGAUUCAGAAAAAUGCUGAUCUGGUAGGAAAAAUACAUUUAUGGAAAAUGGUCACCUGAGGGGGAAAAGGAAAAUCGAUAGGUAAUUUUAGGCCCAAAAAAACUAUUGAAAUUUUGUAUUGAAGUUUCGCAGUUCAAGAAUGCCUCACUAAAAUCUGUAAAGGGGAAGAAGGAAGUCAUUAUUUUUCAGCCUGAAUGUCAUAAUUUUUUAUUGUGAAGCACUAGUUGUUUCUUUUCAGUAGUGCCCCUGCUAGCCUUGGUCACUCACGGUGAACGAGAUGAGCAAGCAGCCAUCACCUUGCCCUCGGAGUGCACACGUGCACACACACACACGCACACACAUCACUGCAAGGAAGCAACGAUCCGCAUUAGACCCAAUGACUCAUGAUGCUGACCCAUCUUUAGGAUUACACACGCCUGGCAAUUACCAUCCCUCUUCUUCCCCUGGCGUUGUCGGCAGGAUUUCUCUUCCUUUCCUUCCUGGAUGACAGCAGCCUUUGACCGAAUGUCUUGCCUCUCGGCACAUUGUCUCCCCUGCAACCCGCUCUAUUAAGGGCCAAUGAUUCACUGCCACUCAUCCAUAUUUUAGUGGAAGACAUUGUGCGUCACUGGAGUAGUACCCUGAGCUCAUCUGUGCCCGUAGGUGAGGCUGAUUUAGGUUGGUUUAUAAGGGAACGCAGAGGAAAGAGAGUAAAAUAUACAGAGUCAUAUUUGAGGUUCCUGGGGUUGUGUGUGUGUCCGUAGGUGAGGGUUGUUUAGCUUGGUUUAGAAGGGAAAACUGAGCAAGGCAAGCGUAAAAAGUGCAUGUUAGGUAAUUAUAUGUUUGGCAUUGAAUAUGUGUGGUCAGGACUGAGUUGCUUGGUGUACUACUAUAAAAUAAUGUGUUUAUGUUUUGGGCUUAUAGAGGGCAUAAAUCUAUUAUACUCUUUCUGCUGUUCCACCCCACCUUCUGUCCACCACUGUCAAACCCCCCCCUCCUCUCUCUAUCUCUCAAUAUCUUAAUCUCUCCCUCGCUCUGCCAAUCUCUCAAUCUCUUCCUCUUCAACUAUUUCCCCCGAUCACCCCUCCCUCUCAGUCGGUGUUCCGCAGCUCCCCAGUGCUGGGAUGUUUCCUGUUUGGUCUGCCGCUGGGCGUGAUCAGCCUGAUGUGCUACGGCAUCUGCACGGCCGAGUCGGACGACGGCCAGGAGGACAUGGAGCUCAUGAAGAGGGAGGACGACGAGGAGGAGGACGAAGAGGAGGACGAGCCUCGGCAGGCCACCGGAGAGCUGGAGGGCCCCGAGGAGGAGCAGGAGGAGAAGAACCCGGACGACAAGAAAGCAGAUUAA